CGUGUCUCGGUGAUUGAGUCUCACCUUCCGGCGAAGGCGGCGGCGACGUCUAUUUCGAUUAAAAGCGACUCAGCGUCCAGGGCUCUCCUCGAGGGAACCCCCGCCCGCACCACCACCAUGCCCAACUUCUCCGGCAACUGGAAGAUCAUCCGAUCGGAAAACUUCGAGGAUUUGCUCAAAGCGCUGGGGGUGAACGUGAUGCUGAGGAAGAUCGCGGUGGCCGCAGCAUCCAAGCCCGCAGUGGAGAUCAAACAGGAUGGGGACACUUUCUACAUCAAAACCUCGACCACCGUGCGCACCACGGAGAUCAACUUCAAGAUCGGGGAGGAGUUUGAGGAGCAGACUGUGGACGGGAGACCCUGUAAGAGCCUGGUAAAAUGGGAGACCGAGAACAAAAUGGUCUGUGAGCAGAGACUUCUGAAGGGAGAGGGCCCCAAGACCUCCUGGACCAGAGAACUGACCAAUGACGGAGAGCUGAUCCUGACCAUGACAGCGGACGAUGUGGUGUGCACCAGGGUCUACGUUCGAGAGUGAGCGGCCCAGACCGGCCCUCCCCCCAG